AUCUCAUCGUGCAGGCCAAGUCUGGCACGGGCAAAACGUGUGUGUUCGCCACUAUCGCGCUGGAUGCGGUGCUGCUGGAGAGUUCGGCCACGCAGAUCCUGAUCUUGGCGCCCACCAGGGAGAUUGCCGUGCAGAUCCAUGCAGUGAUCACAACGAUUGGGAUUGAAAUGGAAGGCUUGAAAUGUCAUGUGUUCAUCGGAGGGACUCCUCUGAACCGGGACAAAGUCCGGCUGAGGAAGUGCCACAUAGCAGUUGGCUCUCCAGGUCGAAUAAAGCAGCUCAUAGAGUUGGACUACUUGAACACAGCCAGUAUUAGGCUUUUCAUCCUGGAUGAGGCUGACAAGCUGCUGGAGGAAGGAAGCUUUCAGGAGCAAAUAAAUUGGAUUUACUCUUCACUUCCAGCCAAUAAGCAGAUGUUGGCUGUCUCAGCUACUUACCCUGAGGCCUUGGCUGAUGCUUUGUGCAGGUACAUGAGGGAACCAACGUUUGUGAGGCUGAACCCUACUGACCCAGGCCUCAUUGGGCUGAAACAAUACUACAAAAUUGUGAAUUCCCAUCCACUUCCACAUAAAACAUUUGAGGAAAAAACUUGUCACCUACAGGAGUUGUUUAGCAAGAUUCCAUUCAACCAAGCCUUGGUCUUCUCCAAUUUGCACAGCAGGGCUCAACAUCUGGCUGAAAUCCUGACAUCCAGAGGCUUUCCUGCCGAGUGCAUUUCAGGCAACAUGAACCAAAAUCAGCGACUUGACGCGAUGGCGAAAUUAAAGCAAUUCCACUGCCGAGUUCUCAUCUCCACAGACUUGACAUCUCGUGGGAUUGAUGCUGAGAAGGUGAACCUGGUCAUCAACCUGGAUGUGCCCCUGGACUGGGAGACCUACAUGCACCGAAUUGGCAGAGCUGGUCGCUUUGGCACUUUAGGUUUAUCUGUGACCUUCUGCUGCCGUGGGGAGGAGGAAAACAUGCUGAUGAAAAUUGCUCAGAAGUGUAAUCUGCAGCUGCUUCCUCUGCCAGAGCCAAUACCUCCUGGAAUAAUGGAUCAAUUUGAAAGUGGAGAGGUAGAAGUCAAACCUGCUAUACACACAGCUCCUCUGGUGAAUUGUGACACUGUGUGCCUUAAACCAGAGGAACCAGUGCUGCAGCCUGUCCAAAAUGGCUUUUCAGAGGAACCUCAGCCUCUCUCUGAUCUUCCAAGAAGUAAUUCUUCUGUGGAAAGGCCAAAAAAAGCUCCAAAGCAAAAGCAGAUCAAAAAGGGCCCAAAUUCUGCAAAUACAGAGAAAAGCAGGCGAAACUCCCAGACCUCCAAUUGUGACAGAGAACAGAGGAAUCAAGUCAAAACUGUCUCCAGGACUGAAGAACAACACAACACUCACCACUCUCAGACUCCAGACAAGGAGGCCUUGAAAAAUUAUCUUCCCAAAAUUCCAUGCUUGUCUUCCUUCAAAAAAAGACUCAGCAAUCCCUGGAGCUACUCAGAUUUUUUUGAGGACUAUGAGUAUUUCCUUAAAGAAGGGUCGGAGAGAGAGGUGGAAAUUGUAAGGAGCUAUUCAGGCCCAGGGGAACAACGUGAGCUCCCCAGAAAUGGGGAUGUGGAGUGGGAGGAGAUAGAACAUCACACAGAGACACUAGCCAAUGGUGAUGUGUCCAGUGACAGUGAUGGGUCAGACAGUUCCAGGACUUCCUCUAGUAGCAGGGAGAAUAACUCCUGCUUGGAAGCCUUUUCAGACACACAGGAGAAAAAAUUUGUCCCCACAGCCCCUCGGGGUCGUGGAGGAUUCUGUCCUACACUAGAGAAGCCUCAGGAACAAUCACAGGUCCCAAAGCAAAAGGAAGUGAAAAAGAAAGUUGGGAAACAAAACACUAAACAAAAGAAAAGCCAAACCCAUCACUUCUCUAGCUCUUCCACAAGGAAAACUGAAGAGGACUGUACCUGCAGCUCUGGGGAUGGUGAUGCUCCAUAUAUGGAUUGGAGUUAUGAAGACUACUGGAAAUCUUACUAUGAAGCUUGGGAAAACUACUAUGCAGCACUGUCUCACUACAGGAAAAGUUGCAAGCAGUUCAGUUGGAUGAAUGCCUACAAUGUCAACUCUGUGUAUCUCGAGGAGCUGAUGAAAAGUGGGGAUUGA